AUGGCAAUUGAGGUCAACGGUGCAGCUUCAGCCGGUGCAAAGGGUCGGUCGGGCCGGCGAUGGCAUUCACGCGUGCUGCUGCUGAGGACGAGCGCCAUUUUGGCCUCCCUGAUCCUUGCUUGUCUUGUUGUGAGUGCUUGCCGGCAUUAGCAGCGCGGAGGGGGAGGGGGGUAGGGCUACUAGCGGGAAAGCACAAAAGGCUGCUGCACCCUCCAGCCUUCACACUUCACACUUCACACUGCCCAUCCCCACUCGUUCAGCACUGGGGGCGAAGCAUGCGAUCGUGCGGUCAACAUCAUUGUCGUCUCGAUCUUCAUCUCGCACUGACACGAUUCCCUCAUCGCCGUGUGCACGCAGGCCAUCGCUCUACCCCUGACGUUCCCAGGUCUCUUUGUGAGCGCACAGCAGACGGCACAGCUCGAGGCAUUCUUUGCGCGCAAUCAUCAUCAGCAGCAGCAGAACGGGCAGGCAAGCUUGGACGUGCCGGUGACCGCGAAUGGAUCUGCUGCGCGACUGGCCGAUGACGCAGGCCACACCAACAACUGGGCCGUGCUCGUCAGCGCCAGCAAAUUCUGGUUCAACUACAGAGUGCGUAUACCCGAGGCGGCCUUUCGGAUUCCAAUUCGAGUUGAAACUGCAGCCGAAGCCGCUAAUUAGCUGCAUCUUUCGCCUGCUCUUUCACUCAGCACAUGGCCAACACGCUGGGAAUGUAUCGCACAGUGAAGCGACUGGGCAUUCCCGAUUCCCACAUCAUUCUCAUGCUGGCGGAUGAUGCUGCUUGUAACUCGCGAAACCUCAGUCCAGGCUACGUUUGGGCCGAACCGGGCAGGAGCUUGGAUCUGUAUGGCCAGAAUGUCGAGGUGGAUUACAGAGGCUACGAAGUCACAGUCGAAGCUGUCCUCCGGCUGCUCACUGGUGAGUGUGGUUGAGACCGGGUGCCGCUCCGAUGGGCUUGCGAGCGCCGACACGAUGCCGCUGCUGACCGGCGGUCGCGCGCAUGCCACCCAGGCAGAGUGCCCCUCAACACUCCUCGGUCAAAGCGCUUGGAGUCGGAUAGCAGGUCAAAUGUCUUUUUGUACAUGACUGGCCAUGGCGGCGACGAAUUUUUGAAGUUUCAGGACUACGAAGAGAUCUCCGCUUUUGAUUUGGGUGAGAAGGGCUUGAAAUCUUGGGUGCGCAGUGCACAUUCUCGCGCUAAGACCUGCUGUGCGAUGCUUGCGACUGUAGCCGACGCAAUAGAACAAAUGUGGGAAAAGAAGCGGUAGGUUUCAGUGUACGAAGAGGAGCCGUGCAGUCCGGCUCGAGCUCACACUCCUCCGUGCCCUUCAUCUCGCUCCAUCUCGGCAGCUACCAUGAGCUCUUUUUUAUGAUCGACACCUGUCAAGCCAACACCAUGUACAGCAAGAUAUACAGUCCUAAUGUGAUCGCAACUGGAAGCAGCAAAAAGGAUCAGAAUUCGUACUCUGUGAGUCCGGACGAGCUUGCUCACAUGUCCUGCCCUGCUCUGUGCGACUCGUGCAGCUGACGCCACUUCGACAUCACGACACAGCACGGCACGGACGAGGAGCUUGCAAUCGCCAUGUCUGAUCGUUUCACGCUCGAGAUAUUGGAUUACAUGGAAAGUGUCAACAAGACGUCGAGCAGGAGCCUGCAAGACUUGGUGCGUCCCCCCGUCUUUGGACGCGCAGCGAAUCGCUGAUCCACUGACCGCAUCUUCCUCGUGCACCCGUAGUUUGACAGCUACGACCCGGAAAGAAUCCAUUCGGACCCGGGGGUGAGGCGGGAUCUGUGGGAUGAAGAGAGAAGACCAUUGAAUCAGGUCAAGAUCACCGAUUUCCUGGGCGGCGUUAGUCAAGUGGAAGUCACGCCUGCGCCAGGAAGCGAUGCGUGGGAAGAGGAGCCCCUCAUGUGA